AUGGAGGGAUUUGGAAGAAAUGAAAUUUUAAAUUGGAUAAAUGAUUUAUUACAAUUAGAUUAUAAAAAGAUUGAACAAUUAGGUAGUGGAGCAGCACUUUGUCAAUUGGUUGAUAUUAUACAUCCAGGUAAAAUCAAUUUAAAGAUGGUUAAUUUCAAUGCUAAAUAUGAUUACGAAUAUAUUAAAAACUUUUCAUACCUUCAAGAGAGUUUUGCAAAAUUGGGUGUUGAAAAGUAUGUUGAAGUUUCAGAAUUAGUUAAAUCACGUCCACAAGCAAAUUUAGAGUUUGCACAAUGGAUGAAAAAAUAUUUUGAUCAAUAUUAUACUGGUGAACCAUAUAAUGCAAUUGAAAGAAGAAUUGCAUUAAAAAUUCCAACUGAUAAAGAUAGAUCAUCAUUAAAAGGUAAGACUGCAGCAACAGGAGCACCACCAACAAGUAAACCUUCACCAUCAUCAACUUUAAAACCUGCAACAACAGCAGCAUCAAAACCAGCACCAGUAUCAAAACCAACUACAACUACAGCAAAACCAACACCAUCAUCAGUUUCAAAACCUGUAUCAAAACCAACACCAUCAUCAAUUUCAAAACCUGUAUCAAAACCUACACCAUCAAUUUCAAAACCUGUAACAAAACCAACACCAACAACAACAUCAACAUCAACAACCACCACUGUAUCAACACCACCAUCAACACCAAAACCAACAAAUACACCAAUACCAUCAACAACAGGAAAACCAACAUUAACACAACCAACAUUUAAACCAACACCAAAAUCAGUAUCACCAACACCACCAGUAGUAGCAGGAUCAACAGUCACAACUAAAACAGUGAUUGUAUCAGAACCACCAACAGAGUUAUUAGAGGAAUUGGAGCAACAAAAGAGAGAAUUAGAACAACAAAGAAAAGAACUUGAAGAACAAAAAUCAGUCAUUCAAGAAAUGACAGAAAAGAUUGCAAAUUUUGAAAUUACAAUUCAAGAUAUUGAAAAAGAUAGAGACUUUUAUUUCGAACGUUUAAGAGAAGCUGAAAUCUUUUGUCAAGAUCAUUCUGAUGUACCUUUAUUAGGUGAAGUUUUGAAAAUACUUUAUAAUAGUAAUGGUGAGGAAGAAGGAGAAGAAGGAGAAGGAGAGGAACAAGGUGGUGAAGAAGAAGAAGAAGAAGAGGAACAAGGUGAAAAUAAUAUUGAACAAGAGGAAGAGGAACAAAUUGAACAACAACAACAACAACAAGAGGAAGAGGAGGAACAUGAAAGAGAAACUCUAUCAGAACCAGAACCAGAUCAAGAUAACUCUGCUAUUCCACUUGAACAAUUAGAAAUUAAUGAUGAGGAAGAAGAAUUCAAUCAACAUCAAGAACAAGAAGAAGAGGAUGAACAUUUUGAAGAUGAAGAAAAAGUUAAUGGAUUAAAUGAAGAGGAAAUUAUGAAUUCUGUACUUCAAAAUGCUUCUGAUGAAGAUGACAUUUUAGAAAGUACUUUUGAUGGUAAUGAGGAUGAUAGUUUACUUCAAGAUGAAUAUUAA